GUAAACCAUGGAGCCAUUUCCCUUCGGUAGGCAAGCAAGUCUCCCAGAAACGAUCAGGCGGGGACGCGGCACACGUAGAAGCAAACAUCCAUACCCCGCAUCUGUCGAUCUUGCUACCGAGUUAAGAAACGCCUGGGCCCCUUUUGACCUGUUCUCGAGCGAGCGCCGACGAACGACAACCAUGAUGGACCCGCACUCUCCACUCUUGAAUCCUCUUGCUCGCUCCGGGACAGAUUCGCGGGUCGCAGAAAGGCAUAGCGGCAAUAGUGUACUUCCCCCCACCCAUGGCAGGGCGAGCGAUCAGGCCCAGGAACGGCCGAAAAAACGGGUAAAGAUUGGCAAUGUGGACGACGAAGAUAACGUUACUGGUGCCAAGGUCGCAAACCCUGGGUCUGUGCCUUCAUCUUCAUCAUCCUUCCGUCCUCGAGAACCUGUCAGCGCUACAGCUCAGACCACAAGGCCAUCCGCCUCGUCGUCCCGAAGUCAGGUACCCAAACCAUCCGUGGUUACUGCACCCCCUCAAGGCAGCGCGCCAUGGUCUGGAGCCGGCACUCCUGUACAGGCGAUUCAACUAUCAAAACCCCCUCAGAAGCCCCUCGUGCAAUACAACCAUCUCAAUAGCGGAUCCGGAACUUCUUCAAAGCCCGUACCUCCCUCUGCCAAUGCUACUCUCCUCAGAACCGUUCAGGACAAAGAUACGAAGGGCCAGCCGGUAGCUUCCUCUUCAAGCAUCGGAGAGACUUCCUCGCAGAGCUCAUUGGUCGGCUCUGUACCUUCCGCCCCAGCUAUCGCGUCCACAUCCUCCCAGCCAGCCGCUUCCGUCGCUCAGAGCAUAGGCGUAUCCCCUUUGCAACCUCCUCCCCCUCCAAGUAUUCAGUCCCCCAUAGCAUCUCCAUCGGGUGAACGCCCUGCUGAACCGGCCACGCCCAUUAAGCGUGAGGAUAACGCUUUCGCAAAGGCGGCUACCCUGCAGGCGGCAACUAACAGAGAGGACGAUCCCGUCCAGAGGGCUAUCCUGCAAGCGGAGACUGAUAGCCUGAUGCAAAAGUACGAGCGCGUCAUGGAUGAGCAGAAAAUGCUAAAGGAGAAGCUCGAGGCCCGGAUUGCGGGCGAAGAGAAGCGCAACGAACAGCUGAAAAGGCUUCUAGAUGAAGCAUGAUGCCCCUACCCCUAUCUUAUUGAGCGUGUCAAACGACAGUCGACGUGAUCUGUCCAGUUGAUCUAGCUUAUUUCAUUUUCGGUCGUGCAUCGAUAUCGUAAGGAAUGUAUAUCCACUCUUAUCUUAGUCGCAUAUGACGAGAAGCUUUUCAAUGAACGAGCCAGACGAUUUCAG